AUGGCGCAUUUGUCGCUUAGAAAAUGUUUUCUGAUCAAGAAAAAAUCGCUCCUUUGCGCCUCAAUCAAGUCGCGCCAGUAUUCUCACGGCCUCUCAGAAGUCGAAGCUACAGCUGCUGAAAUAAGCAGGAUUUUGAGCCACAACAGCUGGCAACAUCUGUUAGAAUCCUCGCACAUCCCGCAGAAGCUCAACCCGAAUGUGGUCCAUGCCGUGCUUCGGAGCACCCAUUUCUCAGUUCAUCCCAGGCGCCUUUUUGAUUUCUUCAACUGGUCGAAUCGCCAUAUGGGUACUCCUCAGAACCUCCAUUCCUUUUCGAUUGUUGCAUUGGUUUUGUGCGGCGCUAAUCUCUACGCGCCCGCUAUAAAUUUGUUGGGCAAAAUGAUCGAGGCCCCUGGGGUCUCGGCUUCGGAUGUUCUGGACUCAAUUUUGUGCGUUUAUAAUGGGGAUCCGAAGUUUAGGUCGAGCGCCUUGGUGUUUGAGCUGUUGAUCGACGGGUACAGGAAAAGGGCUAUGUGGGAUGAAGCUGCUGCCGUGUUUUCGGGCUUUAAGGGCUUCGGUGAAUGUAGGGUUAGUUUGUUGUGUUGUAAUUCUUUAUUGAAGGAUUUGCUGAGGUUUGGCAAGAUGGAUAUGUUUUGGAAGGUGUAUGGUGACAUGUUGGACAAGAAUAUUGUGCCUGAUGCUUAUACUUAUUCUAGUGUUAUUGCUGCUCAUUGCAAGGUAGGGAAUGUGAGUGAGGCCAAGAGGAUUCUCUUUGAAAUGGAAACAAACGGUUGUGAUCCAAACUUGGUUGCUUAUAACACAGUCAUUAAAGGGUUGUGUGAGAGUGGGGUCUUUCAAGAAGCUUUAGAACUGAAGGUGCUAAUGGCUGAAAAGGGGUUGGCCCCUGAUAACUACACUUACUCUAUACUUAUCAGUAAGUUUUGCCAGCACAAGAAAUCUUCUCAGGCCAAGUUGAUUUUGAAUGAGAUGUGUGAAAGAGGUUUGAAACCCGAUCAUUUUUCUUAUACUGCCUUGAUAAAUGGGUUCAUGAAGGAGGGAGCCGUGGAUGAGGCCUUUCUGGUCAAAGAUGAAAUGGUUGAACGUGGAGUCGAGUUGAAUUUGGUGACCUAUAAUGCUAUAGUGAAUGGUCUCUGCAAAGCUGGCGAAAUGGAGAAGGGAGUAAGUUUAGUACACGAGAUGAUUGAAAUAGGAAUAAAUCCUGAAACCCAGACGUUCAAUUAUUUGAUCGAGGGCUAUAGUCGAGCGCGUAACAUGGACAAGGUUUCUGAUGUGAUGGUUUGGAUGAGUGAAAGGAAUUUGGCACCUUCGGCUCACACAUUUAGCUCUAUAAUCAACGAGUUGUGUCGCAUGGGGGAUCUCGACCAGGCCAAUAUUUUCUUGGAAAAUAUGACUGCAUGUGGUAUCAAACCAAAUGUUGUUAUCUACACGAUACUCAUAAACGGUUACAUGAAAGAAGGCAAAUACGAAGAAGUAAUGGGAAUCUUGGAUGGCAUGUGGCAGAAAGGCAUUUCGCCUGAUGUUUACUGCUAUAAUUCUGUAAUUGUUGGUCUUUGCAAGGCAGGAAAAAUGGUUGAGGCUAGAGGUUGUCUUGAUGAAAUGCAGGGAAGGGGAUUAUUACCAAAUGGCUACACAUUUGGGGCAUUAAUUUCUGGAUAUGCUGAUAUAGGUAGGAUAGAGAUAGCAGAAAGUUAUUUCAGUAGGAUGCUUGAUCAAGGUAUAUCUCCCGGUCUUUUCAGUUAUACAUCCAUCAUUAAUGGGCUCUGCAAAAACGGGAACGUAACACAGGCCUUUUCUAUUUUUAACUGCAUGCUAGACCGGCGUCUGCUUCCGGUUGUGCAAAUUUACAGUGUUCUUAUUAUUGGGCUAGCAAAGAAUGGGAAAAUUUUAGAAGCACAGAGAGUUUUCUCCAAGUUAAGUGAACUGGGGUUGGUGCCUGAUCUUUACACUUAUACUUCACUUGUUUCUGGUUUCUGUAAGCAUGGGAACAUGCAAGAGGCUUUUCGGCUUUUUGAUGAGAUGAUUGAGAAGGGUGUCAAACCAAACAUUGUUACCUAUAAUGCCUUGAUUAGUGGGCUACUCAAAUCAGGUGAAAUUGAGAGAGCCAAGGAAUUAUUGAUCGGACUAUCGAGCAAACAACUGGUUCCGAAUGAAGUUACUUAUACGACAAUGAUAGACGGGAUCUGUAAGUCCGGAGAUUUGGAUGAAGGAUUUCGUUUGUUAAACGAAAUGUCUUCAAAUGGAGUUCUGCCCAGUGAGUUUGUUUACACUGCUCUUAUAAAUGGGUGCUGGAAGCAAAGAGAUACCGAGAAAGCUUUGUCUCUUUUCAAUUUGACGGUCGAGAAAGGUCUUGCAUCCACACCCACAUUCAACACUAUGAUCGAUGGGUUUUGCAAGUCGGGAGAUUUAAGUAGGGCAGUCGAGCUCGUCAAAGACAUGAUCGAUAAAGGCAUCACGCCUAAUCAAGUGACGUUCACUAUUCUUAUCGACCACUAUUGCAAGCUCGGUGAAAUGAAAGAGGCGGAGGAGCUUCUUCUAGAGAUGCAAAAGAGGAAUAUAAUGCCGACAAAUGUGACGUACACUACCCUUUUGCAUGGUUAUAGCAAAUUAAGGGAAAAGGCCAAGAUGUUUGCUCUGUUUGACGACAUGGUGAAAAGGGGUCAUGAGCCAGACGAAGUCGUAUAUAGAUUGAUGAUUGAUGCCUAUCAUGAAGAUGGGAAUUUGGAGAAAGCAUCUAAGGCUUGGAGUGAGCUCUUGGAAAAGGGCGUGUUGAGAGGUAAGGUAAGUGAAAUACUCGUUAGGUCGUGGUGUGGAAAUAAAGAUAUUUCGGAGGUUCUGGCAUUUCUUGAUAAAAUGAGAGAAAAGGGAUACGAGCCGAAUGUUGGUACGUGUAGUACCUUGGCCUAUGGUUUGAAAAGAAUUGGAUAUAAAGAAGAAUUAGAUAGAGUUCUUGAAGUUAUGGUGAGUUAUGGCUGGAUUCCUGCAAAUCUGAGUUUAGAUGACUUGAUAAGUCGAUAUGAUACGAGUGGGAAUUAUGGGGUAGUAGAAUGUGAAGUUGCUUGUCAGGUUAUGGAUACAUUUGUGGAAAGCAAUGAACUUCUAAUAUGCAAACAUGUGCAAGGGAUUAGUUAUAAGUGCCUACGAGGAAUUGCACUCCAAAUUGAAAAUCACAAUAAGAAGAAUGCUGUUCUGUUUUCGGGUACUAUUGAA